AUGCCACGGCUCAAGGCUAUGACAACUGGCUCCGUGCCGUCCUUCUUGGACGUGAUAUUGAACAUCGCAGAGUCUGAUACCUCUUCUACUCUCGCAUAUCAAGAUACAUGGCUUGCGCAAUUAAAGGCGCAGGGAGGUCAGCUUGUCAUGUACGGGGAUGACACUUGGAUCAAGCUAUUUCCAGGAGUCUUUGAUAGAUCUGAUGGGACUACGAGUUUCUUCGUUUCGGAUUUUACUGAAGUAGAUCACAAUGUUACCCGCCAUAUCCCGCGGGAGCUAUCACAGCGCGAUUGGUCGGCCUUCAUAAUGCACUUUUUGGGAUUGGAUCAUAUUGGUCACAAAGCUGGCCCUAAGAGUCGACAUAUGAUGACAAAACAACGAGAGAUGGACUCGAUCGUUGCUCUAAUCUAUGCCGCCAUGGAGGAACAGGACCAUCUUCAAUCGACCCUGUUUGUUCUAUGCGGAGAUCAUGGGAUGAACGAUGCCGGGAAUCAUGGUGGCUCGUCACCGGGAGAAACUUCACCCGCUUUGCUUUUCAUUUCACCGAAGUUUCAGACUAAAAAAACUCCUGAAGACAGUCCGGUUGAAGCAUUUAACGACUUGCAAUACUAUCGGACUGUUGAGCAGAUGGAUAUCACGCCAACUCUGGCGGGACUUCUGGGUUUACCUAUUCCGCUGAAUAGUCUGGGCAUCUUCAUACCAGAGUUUCUAAUGAUGUGGGAUAAUGAUGCUCACAGAGUUGAUCUCCUGCUUCGAAACGCCAAGCAGAUGCUUAACGCAAUGAAGGGGACCUUUCCCGAUAUAGAUGUCGAGGCAACUACUACUCCUCACGGCUGCGACAAGCAAUUGCCAACAGGUCCUGCCAAAGUCCAGUGUGCCUGGUCCCAAGCACUACAAUUAGUCCACGGACCGGAGCGUAACAGAACAACUCUGCCAGAUGUCGAAUCGGCUCUGCUAAGGGUUCUAGGUUCUGCCCAGGAAGUGAUGAGCAGCACUGCCAGUAAAUACAAUACAACAAGACUUUAUUUGGGCUUGACUGUCGCAGCUCUUGCUGUUUUACUCUCGUUUUUCCCAGCAUAUGGUUUGGUCUCGAAGUCCAGCAAUGCUGUGACGUUUCUCAUGUUCAGCAUUAUAAGCUACGGUGGUAUGAUGUUUGCCAGCAGCUACGUGGAGGAAGAGCAACAAUUUUGGUAUUGGGUCGUCACGGCAUGGACUGUCUAUUUGCACAUAAAAUCACUCCGCCCAUGGCAUGGCUCGAAAGAUCCUCAGUUCUCGUUCUCACGAUUUGCAACAUGUAUGACAGUUGUGCUGGCCAUCUCUUAUCGGAUUCUCAGACGCUGGAAUCAAACAGGCCAGAAAUUUGCUGCCGAGCCAGAUAUUGCGCGGAAUUUCUUUCCCCGCCAUCAGAAUAUCUUGUGGGCGUUGAUUAUACUGACUUACUUCGAUACAUGCAUGCGUCUUUGUCUCAAUUCACCCCCGAGUAAUAUCUGGCGUUCCACAGCUAUACUGACGAUAAUAGCGGCCUUCUUUUUCAAGCUGGUUUUCGUGCUGUCCGAUUCACCCGAGCUUCUUGACGAGUCCCUUUUAUCACCCAUACAGAAAACUCUUGAAGUGAUGCCAUUGAUUCUACCCGCAAGACUUGUCUUCUGUGGAAUUUCCCUACUGGUGGUGACAUCGUUCUGUACGAUGAAUGUCACACAGAAACGAUCUUCUUUAACAGGAGGCAAGUGUUGA